GGGUAUUUUGGUAAUUUUAGGGGGUUCGAAAAUUUGUCACAGUGCUAUGCAUUCCGCUUGUUAUAUAUGAUAGAUAUGAUAUAAAGACUGCUUAUGAGCGCCAUUUUUAAAGAAGAGCAAAAAUGGCAGCCACAGAGUUGCAAGAGCUGGCUUGUGACAUGAAUCUUUCAAACUCAAGCGAAAGAGAGGCAGAAACAUCAGAUCCCAUUAGCAAAGCAGGUGGUUGGAUCACUUUCCCAUUCAUCACAGGAACUUUGGUGGGCAUGAUACUUGGUGGUAUGGGAUGGCUAUCAAACUUGAUAGUCUAUCUAGUUGGGGAGUUCAAUGUGAAAAGCAUCAAUGCUGCUCAGAUUUCAAACGUUGUCAAUGGUUGCACCAGUCUAUUUCCGGUCAUCGGAGCAAUAAUUGCUGACUCUUUCUUAGGCUGUUUCUCUGUUAUCUCUAUAUCUUCUUUCAUCUCUCUUCUGGGAUUGAUUAUUUUAGCUUUAACUUCAAUCCUUGACAAUUUGAGACCUUCACCAUGUGAAACUGGAUCAAGCUUGUGUAAAGCACCAUCAAAAAUUCAGUUUGUAGUCCUAUAUGUAAGUAUAGCAUUGGCAUCAAUAGGACUGGGAGGUGCACGCUUUACUAUAGCAACAAUGGGCGCAAACCAAUUUGAUAAACAAAGAGAUCAAGAUGUAUUUUUCAACUGGUAUUUCUUUGCCAUGUAUAUAUCUUCUUUCAUAAGUUCAACAGCCAUUGUCUAUAUUGAGGAUAAUGUUAGUUGGGGAUUGGGGUUUGGCCUUUGUGCUCUUGCUAAUUUAAUAGCUUUAGCUAUUUUCUUGCUUGGUAAGCGUUUCUAUUUUCAUGAUAAGCCGCGCAAAGGUAGCCCAUUUGUAGGUAUAGCUCAUGUCAUUGUUGCUAGUAUUCGGAAAAGGAAGAUCAAAUACUCAUCAAGAAGUGAAGACUACUACUAUGGUCAUGAUGGAAAGGAGAAGAUGGUGUCUGCAACGCCUACAAAGAGCUUCAGGCUUCUGAACCGUGCAGCACUGCAAACUGAUGGAGACCUUAAAGUGGAUGGAUCAAUUGCAAACCCAUGGAGGCUUUGUGCAGUCCAGCAAGUGGAAGAUCUAAAAACCCUUGUAAGGAUUGUCCCACUAUGGUCAUCAAGUAUAUUCUUAAGCAUCCCAAUAGCAAUCCAAAACAGCCUAACAGUCCUUCAAGCUCUAGCCAUGGACCGUCACAUUGGAUCACAUUUCAAAAUCCCAGCUGGGUCUUUAGUUGUCAUAGUUUUAAUAUCCACUUCAAUAUCCCUCCCAAUAAUCGAUCGCCUCCUAUGUCCUACGUGGCAGAAACUGACCGGUCAAUCUCCAACACCCCUUCGACAAAUAGGAAUAGGUCACGUACUUAAUAUCCUCAGCAUGGCUACUUCAGCAGUGGUGGAGUCAAACCGUCUCAAAAUAGCACGUAAUCAUGAUCACCAUCCCCAUGCCAUGUCUGCCUUGUGGUUAUUUCCACAGCUUGUUUUGGUUGGCAUUGGAGAAGCAUUUCAUUUUCCGGGGCAUGUUUCUUUGUACUAUCAAGAAUUUCCAGUGCCACUUAGAAGCACAGCUACUGCUAUGGUUGCAAUGGUAAUUGGGAUCGCUUUCUAUUUAAGCACUGCUGUGAUUGAUCUAGUACGGAGUGUUACAGGAUGGCUAGCGGAUGAUAUCAAUGAUGGGAGGCUUGACAAUGUGUAUUGGGUAGUAACAGUGUUGGGUAUGCUUAACCUUGGUUAUUUUAUAGUAUGUGCCAAGUUUUACAAGUACCAAAAUGUUGGCAAUUAAGCUCGGUUAGGGAGGUAAUUUUGGCUAUGAUUAUAACUGAUGCUGAUAUCUUUUAUAAACUAGAAUGGAUUUUUCAUUUUAUAUUCUCUCUCUCUCUCCCUGAUUUUUUUUCAUCUUUGCUGCUCAUCUUCUUCCUGAUUUCUCAAGAGAUCACACGAAAUGGAAAAGUAGGAUAAGGUUGAGGUUGACGAGUUUGAUAGGAAUGAAGAAGUGGACAAGGUCUUUUUCUUUUUUCUUUUUAUUUUUUUUUUCUUUUCCCUAUUUACUGUUCAUCUCGUUCCUAAUUUCUCAAGAGAUCACAUCAAAUGGAAAAGAAAGGAUAAAGCUUAGGUUGAAGAGUGUCACAGUAAUGAAGAAGUGGUCAAGUUGACACUGGUGAUGAUCAAAAUAAGGACCCUCAUUUAUGUGAUACAGAUUAUCCUAGCUGAUGA